AUGACCGAAUCUGCAUUCAGCAUCUCCCAUUUGCACGUCAUUACUCCCACUUUUAUGCAUGUGCUCAAGUAUAAAUAUCCAGAGUACUCCACCCCUAAGUCCUCUUUUUUGCUCUUUUUUCAAUCUCUACUAUACAUUGAAUCAAUGGUUUCUAAAACAGCUCAAAUUCUUGCCGGUGCCGCCGUCGUUGGUACUGGUUUAAUUCUCUACCAACAGAAGAAGCAGGAAAAACUUCAGACCCCCAUCUCGUCUGGUCGGUCCGGAAAUAACCCUGUAACUGUGGGUAGUGGCAUUGCUCCAGCAGUUGACAAUCACACCAGAUGGUCGCAGUCUCCGGAGUCAAAGUUUAUUAGCACAAAGUCCUUGGGAGGACCUCCUGCUAAGCAGGACGCUUACAAUGAUGCAAGAUAUCAGUUUGAGCAAGCUCAGCAGAAAUUUGAGGACACGAAGGCCUCUUGGUGGCAAUGGGGUCAGCAAAAGUCGGAUGAAGUAUCUCGUGAGUCCGAGAAGCAAUAUGAAAUUGCUAAGGCCAAGCUGGAGGAUGCCACUCAAUCGUUGCGUGAACAAGGACAAGAUGCCCUGGACACAGCUGAUUCGCAAUAUCAGACCUGGAAGUCUCAAUGGCAAUCCAAAUUGAACGAUGCUAAAGAAAAGACUGAUGAUUUGGUCUCCCAAGCAAAGGAGCAGACUAAGAGCUUUUCCUCUGAGGCUCGCUCCAAGUUAGACAAGUUCAGACAGGAGUUCAACUCCAAGAAGGAGGAGCUUCGUAAGAAGUAUGCCCACUUGUCUGAGGAAGAGCUAGACGGAAAAGCAUUUGAAUCGCUGAGAGGCUGGGGUGAAUCGGCCGAGGCUUUUGCUAGAGAGGAGUACCUAGAAUCUAAGAGAAAUGCUGCUGAGACUAGAAGCACCCUGCAGAGAGGGUACGAUUUAUCUCAGCAAAAGCUGAAAGAAGCUCAAGAUGAGUUCAACCGUACUAAGAAAGCCUGGUUCUCAUGGGGUAAGGAUCAAAACGAAGAAGCCCACAAUCUGGCUUCCAGAAAGUUGGCUGAGGCCCAGAAAUCCUUUGAUGAUGCCUCCAAACAACUUGACCAGUUUACAAGCUCUGUCGCCAAGAGCGCCAAAGACAACAGUGAUUUCGUAGUCCAGAAGACAAAAGAGGGACUAGAUGUUGCUAAUGACAAGGCUCAAGAUGGCCUUUCUUCUGUAAGCAACUGGAUUCGUAAGUAG